AUGUCUGACCUAUUGCCAAUGGCUACUUACAGCCUAAAUGUUGAACCAUACACCCCAACCCCUGCUAUUGAUGUUGCAACCCCAGUUACCGUGCGUAUCACUUUGGUUGCUAUAGACCCAGAAUCAAUGGACGAUGAAAAGAAACCAUCUACCUUGAGAAUUAUCAGAAGAAACCCAAACUUUGAUGAUGAGGAUGACGACAUUCUAGGUGACUACAACGAAGAGGAGCUAGAGCACUCCGACGAGGAAGACGAGGACGAAGAAGAGGAAGAGGAAGCUGACGCUAAGGAUGAAGACGAUGACGAAGGUGAAGAUGAAGACGAUGACGACGAAGACGAAGACGAAGACGAAGACGAAGACGAUGAUGAAUUUGAAGAGUUUGUUCUUGCUACUUUGUCCCCAGAGUCCCAAUACCAACAGACCUUGGACUUGGUUAUCUCCCCUGAAGAAGAAGUCCAGUUUGUUGUCACUGGAUCAUACCGUGUCUCUUUGUCAGGUAACUACGUUAAGCACCCAUUUGACGACCCAGAGCUUUACGACGACGAGGAAGAUGACGAGGACUACUAUGACGAAGAGGACUCCGAGGUUGACGAAGAGGACUUGUUGGACGUCGAAGAGGCUAGCGAUGUAGAAGCCAAGAUUGAAGAACUAGUCGAAAAGGACACCGCUAAGAAGGAAAAGAGAAAGCUCGCAGCCUCUGCCGAAGAAUCCAAGUCUAAGAAGGCCAAGAAAGAGCCAGUCGAACAACCAAAGAAGGAGAAGAAAGACAAGAAGAAGCAAAAGAAAGAAGACUCCACCGAAAAGAAGGUCGAGUUCAAGAAGGACCUAGAAGAGGGCCCAUCAAAAAAGAAGGAAACAAAGGGAAAGCCAAAGACCAGCGUUUUGGAAGGCGGAAUCGUCAUUGAAGACCGUGUUACCGGUUCAGGUAAAGCCGCUAAGAAGGGCUCUAAGGUCGGCAUGAGAUACAUUGGUAAGUUGAAGAACGGCAAGGUCUUCGACAAGAACACCAGCGGUAAGCCAUUUGUCUUCAAGUUGGGUCACGGUGAAGUCAUUAAGGGAUGGGAUAUCGGUGUUGCCGGUAUGUCCGUCGGUGGUGAGCGUAGAAUUGUCAUUCCAGCUGCCUACGCCUACGGUAAUCAAGCAUUGCCAGGUAUUCCAGCAAACUCCGAAUUGACCUUUGACGUCAAAUUGGUUUCAAUGAAAUAG